ACAUGUAAGUACAUAGUAUUGCAGAUUUGUCUCCUGAUCCAAAUGGCUGCAACUAUCGUCGUGUUCGACUUCGACUACACGAUAAUCGACUGCGACAGCGAUAACUUAGUCGUCGACGAUCUCGGAGGCACCGCGCUCUUCAAUGAGCUUCUCAAAUCCAUGUCAUGGAACUCUGCAGCAGCAAAGAUGAUGAGAGAGCUUCAUUUACAAGGAAGAUCGAUUGACGAGAUUACGCAGAGCCUGCGGAGAGCACCCUUGCCUCGAUCAAUGAUUGCGGCAAUCAAAACUGCCUAUGCUCUUGGGUGUGAGUUGAAGAUAGUUAGUGAUGCCAAUAUGUUCUUCAUUGAGACCAUCCUCAAGCAUCAUGAGCUUAUAGAUUGUUUCUCGGAGAUUAUUACAAAUCCAAGCUAUGUAGAUGAGGAGGGGAAGCUCACCAUUUCGCCUUACCACGACUUCGCCACCCGUACUCACGGUUGCGGUCUCUGCCCUCCAAACCUGUGCAAGGGCAUGAUCAUCGAAAGGAUCCGGUCAUCGGCCUUGGCGGCGGAGGAGAAGAAGAGGCGGCUCAUCUACGUGGGAGAUGGGAAGGGAGACUAUUGCCCUUCACUGAAGCUAAGCGAAAGGGAUUGUUUGAUGCCGCGAAAACACUUCCCCCUGUGGGAGCUUAUUUACAGCGGUAGCACGAAGGCCCUCGUGAUCAAGGCUGAGAUUCACGAGUGGACUGAUGCAGAGGAGCUGGAGAGAGUCCUGCUUCGGCUCAUCGGUGAAUCAGUCUCCUCCGAUGGCCGCUGCGACGCAUCUCGAUUGCUUCCGGCAGACUGCAAGCCGCGUAGAAAUAAUAUGCUGCCAUCCUCCCAUGAUGCUCCAUCAGAGGCCCCUGCUGUUCCUUCCUAAUUUAUCCAUGCUAGCUAGCUGAAGCUUAACAUAAGAACAUCAUGCAGCUCUUGCAUGGAGAGUGUGCAGUGAAACCCAGCAAAUAAUAUUUCAGCAAGACAAGCAAUUACCCAUA